AUGGACGGUUCGAGUAGCAGCCGCCGCCGCUUUCGCCGGCACGUGCUGUCGGAAGGGGAAGACUACCUCAGUAAUCUCCCGGACGAGCUUCUCCAUCACAUCCUUUCCUUCCUCCCCACUAUAGACUCCAUCCGUACCUCCGUUCUGGCCCGCAGAUGGCGCCGCGUCUGGACUUCCGUCCCCGUCGUCGACUUCUCCUACCUCCAACUAAAACGCUUCAUCAUGAAGCGCUUCUUCGCUUCCCGCAGCGGCGACUCUGUUUCUCGUCUUCACCUCUCCGGUCUCAGCAUUCUCAGCAUUCAACGUCAAACUGCCGUUAAAAAGUUGGGCGGACAUGGAUCGACCUACAAGUUGAGAAUUAUACGUGAGAAUUUCCUCUAUGACUUGGUCGAAUAUGCCAAAUCCCACGGCGCCCGACACGUGACUCUCCUCAAUUUCUUCUUUGAGGAAUACGGAAUCACAAUCGAUUCUUUUCUCCAACUUCUGUUCGAUUGGCCAUCGCUCUUGUCGUUGAAUCUGCAAGUCGUGGACGAUGUGAAUUUCAUAUUUACGAUUUCCGACUCCAUCGCCUUCAGAUUGAGCAAUCUGAAGACGCUUUCCCUCGGACUUAGCGAAAAUAUUAUUCCUAACGAGGGCUUGGCUAGGUUGCUCUCGGGUUGUCCUGUUUUGGAAGAAUUAAGAUUAAAUGCAAAAUAUCCCCGACACAAAUUCGUUCAAAUAGCGGCGCCAAAUCUUUUCAGAUUGACUCUUAUAACUGCUCCAGCAAAUGUUCAAAUCACUUGUCCGAAACUCCAAUAUUUAAGGCUAAAAUCCGAAUUCAGUUUGACAAACUUGCAGAUCGAAGCACCCUCCUUGACUUCCGUGCGCUUCGGAACAUUUGUUCAGACGCUAUGCGAUGUGACUGCGGCAGCUAUAACUGUGUCGGACAAAUGCCUUUCAGGCUUGAAGACGGGAUUCCUGAAAAAAUAUAAGGCAGUCGUAGGAGGGUUUCCUGUCUUUCACAAACUGCUCGAGUUGAAGAUCAAAAUGUAUGUCGCAGAGAGGUUGAGCCUGAACAUAGUGUUUGAUCUUCUUCGAUGUGUGCCGAAUCUACAGUCACUCGUUUUAACUGAAUCCGAAAAGCAACCGUGUGAUGAAGAUUUCGACGAACGGGAGGAGAGUUCAUUGAGGAUUAAUGAGCCUUUGGAGCAUCUGAAAAGGGUCUCGAUGAAUAUCAGGAAUGAAAGAAUCAGAUUGUGGUUUUUAAAGACGCUAUCAGAGACUGUUCUGGAAUGGGAUCGAGUAGCAGUCAACUGCUAUGUUGAUUAA